CCAAAGUUUCAGUUAUAAGUUACUUGUGACUGUGAAACCAUUAUUUUGCGAAAAGUUCUGUUUAGGAAAAAACUCAUUUCAAGAACUAAUACAUUCAAAGUGUUCUAAUAAAUUCAGAAAUUAUUAAAAUUGUUACUAAAAAUCGGUAAAAAAAGGUGUUACGUACUAUACAAAGAAUAUAUUGAAGUAGUUUAGUAGUUUUUUAAGGAAAAAUUGUCAAGGACAUCUCCGAAAAUUCAAUCGGAGCAUUAACUUCCAUGAUGUCAAAAUUUUGGAAUCAUUACAACCAAUAGCCUAAACACUUCUUUAUUUAAACCAGAUAAUUUUAUACUUGGUAGUGGUAUCUUUUUAAGUACCAUUUUAAGUACAUAUCGAUUAUGAGCGACGUCAUAAUAGCCAUAGUACGAGUACAAUUUGCUUACGAUAACUUACUCGAAACACGUACAAGAACCAUAACAAUUUGAAAUAACCAGGUCGACGCACUAAGCAAUGGUUUUGGGACGAUUCGGUUACUGUUUUUGACUGUCUAUCUUGCAGUCCAGAUCUAAGUCAUAUCAAUAACCUCAGCUGAUGAAAGACACAAAACUGAAAUCUCCACUUCCGUCAUCAGUCGCUUAAAUGAACGCGUUACUUUUCUUUUGCCUUUCGGAUAUUUUUUUAAACCUACCCAAUACCGCUUUGGCGCUCCACAUGAGCAGUGAGAACUCCAAUAGCGCAGGUCUGAGCAAAAUACAAGCGGAUUAUGUGAAUGCUAGUCUAGCGACGGAAGCAGAAAAUGAAGUUUUCAGUGGCGCUGAGGAGCCGAGUUCCUUUCUGGGUCUAAUGCCAGAGGUUGUACGUUAUGCAAAGUAUCGAUGCAGCUAUGAUCUGCCAAGAGCGAAUGUCAAUUGGGGAGUGCAAAUUUUCAGUAACGAAGCGGAGGCACACGACACACAUUGCUAUGUAAAAUGUUUUCUGCGUCGCGUGGGACUCAUCCUCCUGGACACGUUGGGUUGGGAUUCUAACCGAUUGCUUGCGAUGUUUUCGAAUUUACGUGGACAUCAAAACCUGCCAACGAAUUGCUUAGAUGCCUUACACAAGACAGGCAAAAUGAAUGGGAAAUGUGAACCAUAUUACAAAAUGUGGAUGAAGAUCCGUCGAGAUUGUCUAUUAGGUUUCAAUGCCUUCUUUUACUAUGACGUGCGAUUAGAGGAGUUGCCAUUUGAAAAACCCUUACCUCUAUAUCGGGAACCUGGUGUUGAACCAUAUCGAUUUUGUUCCGCUGUGUUACAGGAAGAUUCUGCGGACAUGAAAUCACCAGCGUUUACGCUUUGUAUAUAUUUACAGUUACACUAUAUUGACAGUUAUGGACGAAUUGAUGUGUCGGAAAUUAUACACAGCUUUGCAGGAUCGGACCGUUUAACGGCACGCAACGAGCGGAUUAUAAAGAACUGCGCACAUCUUGCUAACGCACAUUACAUCCUGGGUGAAAAUAGCGAGGAGAUGGCACAACAAAUGACGACAUGUCUGACGAAGAAUAUACCUGACGAUUACUCAUUUGUGCUCCAAUAUUGGAAUCAAGUAAUGAGUGAUUAUUAAAUAAAAUUGUAAAAUAACGGUUGCCAAAACGAAUAGUCUUCAAAAUAAAUUAUCACAUCUUCUAUAUGGUACUUGUUAUUUGGGCUUUGGCCACUUAUGCUUUAUUGAGUUUUUGAUUUCUUCCUUUAACAGCUCAAAAUGGAUUGUGCUUAAUCGGCGAUAUUUAUGAGCAAACAACAAUAAAUUUAACAUUGAAAGUUUCGGUUUUUGCUU